CACCACCACCACCCCCCAUCACCACCGCCAUCCCCCAUCACCACCCCACCUCACUCCCAGCACCACUCCUCCACCUCCACC